CUUUCACUCUUUAUUACUGAUGUUAGCUAACAUUACGCUCGUUGAUUUGGUAUUAUUGGCUACCGUUACUUGUCGGCCUUUUUUCUCGCAUGAAGCUAUUUUAGAAAGCUUCUCCAGCAAACACACAACAUUAAAAAACAGUUAGCUAAAACAUAGCAUACCGUAGUCCAACCUUCCCAACUGUCAAGGGUUGCAAACAACUUCAGUUCGCUCAGCUGUCUGUCUUCUUCUUCUUCGCUGGGGUUCUUUACGGCAGCUGUUGCCAUCUUCUGGAGAAGUAGCGACCGACGUCUAUUCCUCUGUAUGUAUGAUCUUCCUAUCAGCCAUCCCCAAAACUAUCUUCAGCUAUCUCUGCCUCUCCCAUUUCCAACCACAAAUCAUACUGCUAAUUUUUUAUCCUGGUGAUAUACGGCUUAGUAGCUAAAUAAACCUGGUGAAUACUACUCAACCUAGCUAGCUAGCUAGUAGUUGGUAGCAUAGCUAGGGAGUACUACUGCCUGUUAUACAUCCAGUACAGCAGACGGCAGUAUGUUGAGAAAGUUAGCUAGCAACCACAACUUAAAUUUGCCCAUGGAUGGGAUAACAUUUUAAAUUUCACGUGUUGGUACCAUGGUUGGUACCUCCUAAUCCAAUAUAGCUCCGGAGACACUGCAGGUUAGUAGGUGGCGGUAAUGCACCAUAAUGCACCUGCAGCUGCUGUUUACCAUGAUUAAAACCCGAAGAAGAAGAAGAAGAAUGUACGCAUGCGCGAAUGUUACCACGCAUGCUGUAAAGUCAAGUGGAGCAAAAGCGUACGAUAACAAACUACUGUUACUCGUAAACAAAUCUCAAGAGAGGUAACCUAAUAUAAUUUUCAAGAAAGCAGGAGGACCUAAUGUUGCUAACACAAUGGCAACUCCAGCUAUUCGGAUGUUUCGGAGGUUAGAGGGUCUGUUUUGUGUGUACAAACCCUCUGGUGUCCACUGGAAACUUGUACGGGAUAGCGUCGAGACAAAUCUUCUUAAAGGUUUGAAUGCUACAUCGUCCCAGCCACUUCCUCAGGAGGUCCGCUUCUUGGCACACCCAGUCAGUGAGACUGAAGCACCCAAAGGACUCACACUGUCUGCAUCCUCUGUGCCAGUACUGUCCAAGCAUCCUCUGGUGACUGGACCUGAAUUCCAGCAUAUCAGAGUUGGAGUAGGACAUCGCUUGGAUGCAUUCUCUUCUGGUGUUCUGGUUCUCGCUGUUGGGAAUGGAAACAAGGCCUUGAAUGAUCUCUACAGAACACGAGUCACAAGGGAUUACACUUUGGAGGGUGAAUUUGGGACUGCAACAGAUGAUUUCUCUCACACAGGCAGAGUUGUGGAAAGAUCCACCUACGGUCACAUCACACAGGAUAAGCUGGACAAAGUAUUGGCGAUGCUGCAGGGAGCCAAUCAAAAGGCCUUGUUAAUGUAUUCCAACGUAGACAUGCACUCGCAGGAAGCCUAUGAGAUGGCUGUGCAAGGUUUACUGGGUCCAGAGGGGAAAUCGCAGCCUAUUUUGACAGGCUUGCGUUGCAUUCGCUUCCAGCCCCCCAACUUCACUUUAGAGGUGCAGUGUCUAAAUGAAACUCAGAAAUAUUUGUGCAAAGUUGUGCAUGAGAUAGGACUCGAGCUGCGCAGCACAGCAGCGUGUAAAGGAGUUAGACGGACCAGAGACGGCCCCUUCACCCUGCAGGAUGCCCUGACCCAUCACCACUGGACUGCUUCUGAUGUUAUACGGGCCAUCAGACAAUACCACUCUAAAAGAAAUGCAAAAUAUACCCACACACAGAUCAAGGACACAGCAUUACAACCACCGGAAGAGAGUACAACGUAAAAUAAAACCAGCGACGACGCAGUGGUAGGUAGAAUUAAAUGACUUGUUGCUGUGAGCAGCAGUUAACACAAGUCACAGAACUGCUCUACAGGGACUCUAUGAGCCUGAACUUAAGUUGGAAAAGAGAUGUGAAAGACCACAGAUCCUGCUUCCUAAAAGAGAAAGUAUCAAAUUGGACACAACUCAUUAUAUUAUGUUUUUUUUUAAUAUGCAAACUUCUACAGAUCCAUCUACAGAGGCACUUGCUGUAUCUCGUGUUUUCACUUUUGUUAAAUGUUGUGCAGGUAAUAACUUAUUCCCCAAAUCCUAAUAUGAGAGUGUUUGUUUUUAUCAUGAAAUAAUAUAAAAAAGAAUUUGACCAACAUUUUGUUUCAGAUUCUGUUUGGUUGUGCUACCAUUUGAUAAUUUGAGUUUAUGUCCAUGUUUAUAGACAAUAUAUUAAACUGUGCAUUCGUACAAAGUGGUUGGUGCCGUGUAUCAAGGUUUUGUUUGACAAGUGUUAGUUAAAUCAACACUCUUGAAGGUCUGUAGAUGACAUGAUGCACCUACUUUAUCAGCACAUGCUCCCCCAAGUGGAAAAAAUAAAGGUUCUUUUCUUUCAA